AUCUACCAGAGGAAACGGAUAAUAAAAAAAUCGAGAAAAGCCGCGAGGAAGGAGAAGAUAACCAGCUUAUGAAGUGCGCAGGAUAAGAAAGAUGUACGCCUGCUGCAACUGUAACUCUCUCUUUCUCCUCACCUAUUCAGGAACGCUCUCUGGUUUUUCUAUUACACGCAACGCUUCCCGAAUCAGAGCAGCGAAUGCCACAAAAGUUCUUUUUCCAAAACCCCCCGUGUUCAACACUUCAAUCUCACUUAAAUCCUUUGCUCUUCGUACUAAUACUUCGACUUGGAGGAGUAUACAGACUGGUUUUUGCGCUCAGAACGAUGUUGCUGAUGGUUUUCCGAACACUUCUUUCCCUGAAAGUGAUGAAAAUGAUGGAGUUCCGGGGAACGGCGAAUUUGGAUUGUUGAACAAGCCUAAUCCAGUGGCUAUAUCUGAUGGGUUUUCCCCAGAAGUUGAAAAAUCUAAACAAACAGAUAAAGAUGAAUUGUUGGAGCCUUUUUUGAAGUUUUUUAAACCGAGGGACAUGGUGGGGGAACUAGAAGAAGAGGGAAGUGAUUUAGGAGAUUGUGAUGAGGGAAGUGAUAUGGAGAGUAAAGAGAAGGAAGCUGAGAAGGUUGGUGUGGAAUAUUAUCAGCCAAAACCAGGUGAUUUUGUGGUUGGUGUUGUGGUUUCUGGCAACGAAAAUAGGCUUGAUGUGAAUAUUGGAUCAGAAUUGUUGGGCACUAUGAUGACAAAGGAGGUUCUGCCAUUGUAUCCCAGAGAGAUGGAUCAUUUACUAUGUGAUUUGAAAAAUGAUGCAGAGGAGUUCAUGGUUUGUGGGAAGAUGGGAAUUGUUAAGGAUGAUGAUGCAUUGAGUGGUGGCCAGGGACUGGGAAGGCCAGCUGUGGAGACUGGAACUGUCCUUUUUGCUGAGGUUCUUGGAAGAACCCUAAGUGGUCGACCUUUGCUGUCGACGAGACGGCUGUUUCGGCGGAUUGCCUGGCAUCGAGUGAGGCAGAUAAAACAGCUAAAUGAGCCUAUUGAGGUUAAAAUUACAGAGUGGAAUACUGGUGGGCUCCUCACUAGAAUUGAAGGUUUGCGAGCUUUUCUUCCCAAAGCUGAAUUGGUAAAUAGAGUGAACAGCUUCACUGAAUUGAAGGAAAAUAAUGAGACUAAUAACGACUUGAUAUUGAGUGAGAAGGAUGCUUGGGAAAUGCUUCACCUUCGAGAGGGAACCCUCUUGGAAGGAACUGUAAAGAAAAUUUUUCCAUAUGGUGCUCAAAUAAGAAUUGGUGAAACUAACAGAAGUGGAUUGCUGCAUAUCUCCAAUAUAAGUCGUACCAGGAUUACUUCUGUCAGCGAUUUACUGAAAGUGGACGAGAAGGUUAAAGUUCUAGUUGUGAAGUCAAUGUUUCCUGGCAAAAUAUCUCUCAGCGUUGCUGAUCUUGAAAGUAAGCCAGGCCUAUUUGUAUCAGACAAAGAGAGAGUAUUUGCUGAAGCUGAAGAGAUAGCGAAGAAAUACAGACAGAAACUACCUGCUGUGUUACCAAGCCACAAGUUAGAAACCCCUACAACAAAUGCUCUGCCGUCUGAUAACGAAGAAAGUCUUUAUGCUAACUGGAAAUGGUUCAAAUUCGACAUGGGUGAUGAUUCAAGCUGAUUCCUUACAUUUAAGUUGAUUGUACGUCAGCUCGAUGUAAUAUUCAAUUGGAAGGAGGAUGAUUCAGCUCCCCUCUUUGAGCCUAGUGUGAAAAGCAGAAAAGAACCUCUCACUAGGCCAUCAGACUCUUUAACUGUGAUUGAAUUUCGUGAUCUGCAACAGCAUUUCUGGUCAGAUUUUGGAUGAAAGUGGGAGGUUUGCUGGAUGAUUAGAGCCUGGAAAUGAUCUCUCAUGUAACUUUCUGUAUGCAGAAAUGAAUUUCUUGUCCUCAAGUAUGCUACUGUGCUCUUUAGGAAAGGAUAACUUGAUUUCUGACCAUUUGUUGAUGUACUACUUGUAUUAUCUGUUAAUACAAACCUGAUAUAUACUUAGAGAUGUUUAUAUGAUGGGAUUUUUUCUUUCA